GUGUCCGUGUGUCUGUAAGGAUUGGCACCACGAGCUGCCAAAGACCGCCACAAUGGUGUCCAUUAUCAAGAACCAGCUCCUCAAACAUCUUUCCCGUUACACGAAGAACUUAUCGCCCGAUAAGGUAAAUUUGAGCGCAUUCCGCGGCGAAGGUGAGCUGUCCAACCUGCAGCUGGACGAGAACGUGCUGACGGAGCUGCUGGAGCUGCCUUCCUGGCUUCGGCUGACGUCGGCCUGGUGUAACCAUGUGUCGUUUCGGAUAUCCUGGACCAAGCUGAAAAGCACACCCAUCACGUUGACGCUGGACGAGGUUAACAUUACGAUCGAAACCUGCGAAAUUGCGCGUAGCGGAACUCCGACGGCGGGCGGACUGUCGAGUCUGGCGGUACCGCAGGGAAAGUACAGCUACAUACAGAAGGUGAUCGACGGGAUCACGAUCGUGGUGAACACGGUGAAUGUGAACCUCAAGAGUCCGGCCUUUACCGCUUCGGUGCAGAUGUCCCGCAUCCGCGUCGAGUCCCGGACGCCCAAGUGGUUGCCGGGCGAUUUGCGUGUCACAAGACUGAAAGACCCGGUCCGCGGUAUGACCCUUAUAUUCAAGGAGCUUUCCUGGCAAACGGUACGCAUCGAGGCCAGCAGCACCCAGGACGUCAGCCUGACGCCGCUCCGGUUAAUCACGAACCAGGCCCGCUGCCGGAUAACGAUCAAGAAGCGACUGUCCGACUGCAGCAUCGUGGCCAGCCGGCUGGUGCUCAUCCUCGACGAUCUCCUGUGGGUUCUGACGGACUCGCAGCUCAAGGCGGCGCUCCACUUCGUGGACUCACUCACGGGCCUGGUGAAGGCGUCGACCAACGUGGUGCAGCGCGUGAAGGCGCAACGGAAGCUCGAAACACUGCCCGAGUACCAGGCCCAGCUGGACCAGUCGAAGAAGGUGCCCGACACUCAGCUCCUGUCGGCUGCCCAGCGCUACUUCAAUGCGUACGAUGUGCGCGAAACGUCGUACCACUUCUUCAGCGAGCGUAUCGAUCUGCACCUGUGCGACGACGCCGGCAUCGGGCGCUCCAGCCAUCCGAAUCUGAGCGACGGUGGAGCGCUGCAGAUUUCGGUGCAAGGCUUCCAGGUCGAUUACUAUCCGUAUCACCUGGCGAAAGCGGAUCGAUCACACUGGCCCAAAUACCGUGAAGCGAACAUUCCGCCUGCGCUCUGGUUAGAACAAUCCUUAAAUGCCUUCCGGGAAGCCAUUCUAAACCUAAGUCAACCGAACCGACCACCACAGCAUGCGUCACUAGAAAGGUAGUUAAAGAGUAUCCGUGGACCGCCGCGCAUUCUGCGUGGUCCCGGGUCUCCAUUGCUAGGACAGCAGCAACAACACCAGCAGCGAGCCUCCGUAUCGUCGAUGCCUGGCACACCGAGCGGUACUUCGUCCGCUGGUAGUGGUGCUGUGUCGCCGAAAAAACACGUCCUCGACAAUCUGUCGAAGCUCAUGUGUUCCUGCGUGGUGAUGAAGAUCGACGAGUUUACGCUAUAUCGUGUGACAACCUCCGGCCACAAGCAAGCGCCAAGGGAGCUGAUCGCUGGUGAGUCCGACAGAGAUAGGGUGCCUCCGGAGAUGGCGUCACUGCAUGCCGAGUUUACGUACUUUUACUACCCAGGUGAUUUCGUGUUUCCAUUGCCACCGUCGAAAGCGUUCGUUCACAUCAAUCCUAUACAAGUGCACUUUCACCUGGACAGCUUUCUGUGGCUGAGCUCGUUCGUGCUGAACCUGCACGAAAGCUUGCUUCGAACGAAAAACGUAACGAGCGGUCUGAGUUCUCCCUCCACUCCUUCCUCACCCGGCACCGAGCAGCAACCCAACAUUAUGUACAUGGACGUAAAGGUGGAGUGCAUUAUGCCACGGGUGAUCUUUGAAGCUUCGCAGAGCGCUCCAAUGCAGCGCGAUCGCCCGAAAGCGAUGCAUGUCCAGGUGUCGCGCUUUGCACUGACCAAUAUCCGCGAGACAGGCGCAUCGCGGGCCGAUCUCGCCCAAGCCAUUUCGUCCUUGCAGGAAGGCAGUCUCGUGUUCGGUUCGGGCUUUCCCUCGAAACCGGGCGACCUGUGCAUCGUUACCGAUCGGAUACUGGCGCACAUCGCGGCAACGGAUAUGGGAGGAGGCGCAACUGCAGCCACUACCGGCAGUGAGCUUCCCAAUGGUGGUGAAAUUAUGUCCGCGUUUAGCAAUCUAACGCGCUACGCAACGUGGCGUGAACCGCGCGACGUUUGGUGCCUAAAGCUGGAUCCGGUUUGGGUGGAGUUCUACGGUGCCCGAUCGAUCGGACCGAAUCGGGCGAUCCCGUUUGUCGACGCCGUUCCGGUGACAAUCUGGCUACACGGUGGUGCGGAUGAGCUAACCGGAGAAUUUGGCUGUGAUCUUCCGACGAUGACCGGUGAGAAGGAGAAACUGAAACGGCACUCCGUGUUGUCUGGCCCGCCACAGAGCAAUGCCAAUCGCGGCUACCAACAGCCGGCCACCGCACCCGUUCAUUCCGCCGACGUCGAUGAUAGUGACGCCGAUGGCAACCGGACCGCCGACCUACACGUCAUUGCCCAUGUUUCCAAUCUAGUUAGCGUUCAAAUUGACCACUACCAGUAUCUGUUCCUGUUGCGACUGGCCGAGGAGCUGACGGAGCUGGCCACGUUUCUAUCGCUCGAUUCGCAGCGCAUCCUUCAGGCGGCUAAUAAGGAAAAAUCUAUCAUCGUCGGCUGUGUGAUACCGCAAGUGGAAGUGUCUCUCGUGAUGCCUUCCCAAACACCGGGCAAAGAAUCGAGUGGUGGCGAUGGCGAAAGUGUACUACCAGAUUCGGCCAGUUUAGGUUCCGGGUGGCCAAAUUCGAUGGACCAAACAAGAAAUUCUAACAUUUUUAGCAGCACCGAAUGUCCCUCUCCACUGGCAACGGAACCACCGGUGGAAGUGCAUCACCAUUCCAAUCCCAACACCCACGGCCACAAUGUCCAGAUACAGAGCGUCCCGACGACUUCUUCGACGUCGGCAAAUGUGUCCACUUUACCGGCACAACAUGCCCCGUUACAAGCGCAGCCAAAAACACGCCAUCCCAACACCACCACCACCACCGACACAUCUUCCUUCUCGAAGGACCUUAACUCGGGUUUGAGUUCCAUGAAGAAAGGCUUUUCGCACUUCAUGACCUCGAUCGAUUCGGCCCUGAAAACCAACACGUCCGACGACGUCAGCGACACGCUGUCGGUGCAAUCGGAUCUCAGUUCCGACUCGGAGCUUCAGCGCGUCCUAGAGGACACGGAAAAGACCACCGACUGUAUGGAUGCCAUGUUCAAGCUGUACCCGUUCGGGCAGGAAAGCUCCAUCAAAAUGGCACCGAUCGAGGUGGCCAGCGAGGUAUGCGAGGAUCCGUUCCUCACGAACAUGUCCUCACCGUCCGAACCGUCCGAAAGCAGUAGCUUGAAGCGUCGCGAUCUGGUGUCGAUGGUUACGUUCAGAUUAACGACGGUGGAAGUGAUCCGUCAGAAUGUGGAAAGUUCCUCCUCGCUGCGCUUACAGGUGUCCGCAAUCAGUUGCGAUGAGUGUGGCGCCAUUCCGUGGGACGAAUUUCAGGGUGGCCAUCGUAAAAGCAAGACCAAGUUCGGAACUAGAUGUAGAGCAUGGAACAUUGCACCGCAUAAUCCGGAAGCACCGCCUUGUGUUGCGAUUAGAUUAGAGGAAGAGCUCACGCUGCCGGCCGACUCGUGCAAGAUCACGGACAAGAAGACGAUCCUUAGUUGGUUCAAGCGAAAACUCAAUGUGGAAGUGAAAGACAUCGACAUACAGCUUUCGAUGAGCACCGUCGUCGGUUUGGGCGAUCUGGCCGAGGAUGAAGUCCUGCCAGUGCCGAUACCGAUGGAGGUAACGGUGGAGAACGUGAAGAUUAAUCUGCUCGAAGAUCGACCCCCAGUUAACAUUACUUCACCCGGGACCGUUCCGAUGAACCUUGCCAUUGGCCGAGUGCUGCUGACGCGCGACGAAGCGGGUGUAUUUUACGUGCAACCCACUUUCGGUGGCAAGGACUCUGGUGACGGUGGAGACGGUGUCAAGCGAAAGCUAACCCGCUCGGACACCGAAGUGCGGAGGGAGCGCGAUCGUGAGGUCAAAUCCCUACACUUGGUGCUGCAACAACUGAAGCAGGAUAUCGAUUACCUUAAGAGACAACUGACUGACAACGAGAGAACAACGGAAUCCAAUAGAAUAAAGGCACGACAGGAGAACGAAGUGCUCAAGGCGUACCUGAAGGAAGCCCAGGAUGACAUUAAUACGCUACUGGACGAGAAGCAGACGCUGAUGGCGACCGUUAAAUCGCUGCAGGAUCAGUUGACCAUGCUCGGCGAUCAGCAGCUAGCGCAACAGGAUGGCAAAAGAUAGCACAACUGCAUGGACUGUAUACAGUGCUGCGGUGAAAACCCAUUCUAGGCGGAGCAGCAGUGAACGCUGCCGUUUUGAACGCUGGGUGUUUUGCGCUCAGGCGAGAGCGUGCCACACUCUCGUCGGUGCGGGAAGGUUGGUGAUGAUCGAUCGAAAUCCACCGAACGGCAACAAAUGUUCCAUGUUUCAGGCAGGAAGAGUUUGUCAAGCGUUUUCGGGGAGCACCUGUGUUGUGCCCACCAUACUUGACCCCACCAUUGUAGCAUGUAUGAGUAAACAGUCAUCGAAGAGGAGAAAGGGAGAAACUUUACGGAAGAAUGGUCCACAGUCAAUGUGUCCACGUGUCCAUAUGCAGCACCCUGAUUUAAGUGCCGGCGUGUGUGGUUGUGUGCGUAUAUUUUCUGCGUUUCUGUUCCAAGGCCUGCACCGCCGGCAGCAGCAGCAGGACAUCAGAAUCAGUUUUGCUUCGGAUUCGGUUGCUGCAAAAAACUGAAUUUAAUCAUAACUCGUAAAAAGUGCACUCGUUAAGCACUCGGUGUAAUCCGUGAGUUCGAGCAAUAUGAAGGGUGUCUAAUAGGGGAAAGAGAACUCGGAAUCGCAAUAGUCACAAUGCUCGGUUGGUCAACGGGUGGGGAAACGUUUGUGAAAUGUUGUAUUUAGUCGCGCUUGAAAACCAUUCCUUCCACCAAGAAACCAAACGUUCUUUUAGCAAUAGCGUAGCGUAAUAUAAGUCAUUCAAUCGAUGCGUGUGUGAUAUUAAAUCUAUCUAUUUCUGGAGCCUGCAGGCCAGGGAAGUGAACCGGCAGUGCUUAUCACUAAAGCUGAGGAGUACGACAACUGUGGAUACCGAUAAAAGAUGAUCGACCAGAGCUCGCCCUAGCAGGACUGUUGUAGGGUAGGAAUCAAGGCGAAAUGAAAACAAAAAAAUUUAAAGAAAAUAAGUCCCAAAAUGGCAACCAAUUGCUGGUACCUAUUUUGUGUUGUUUUGUUUUUGUUUUCUAACACUUUCUUUCCCUCUCUCUUUCUCUCUCUAUUCUUCACGUGAUAAAAGAAAAGCCUCCUCUAGCUAGUUUGUUGUAUAGAAUGAUACCAUGUCGCGACGCGGCGCGGUCACGAUUCCAAAUCGUGGUCCGCAGAUUGCAUUAUACAAAGCAAUCUGCAAGAAGCCCUAGAAUAGGAACGAACCAAAUAUAUUAUACACCAAUGGGUGGGCAAUGUUGGGAGGUAUGUUCCUUAAUCCUUAGACUUUGGCGGGCCCAUAUCCCGCAUUGGAAACAGUUGGUUAAUGUGUACUAAUACCUGAUACCCGUGUAGCCGUGUUUUCAUUGUAACCGUUUGUUUUUAGAUGGGUUUUUUAAUCGGCCAGAAAAGCUCGUAACAGUAGGGACAUUUAACGUAAAAUAUCAAAGCAAAGAAACAAGAAAUGGAAAAAGCAAAGAUCACACGGGAUUACCGGCCUUUGGUUUAGAGAAUUUCAUCGAAGCAUAGCGAAUUGUGCAUAAAACGCAUGCGAUUGUUAGUAGCAAACUUCAUCACUCACCCGGUUAGAUAGAUGUAUGUAAUGAAAAAAAAGCGAAACAAACAAGAGGAACACGGAAAGAAUGGCUCGCACCACUUUGUUUUCCUUUGCCAUGCAUCCACAGGAAACAUUGCAACAUGUUGUCCACCCCCACUACCCACAGUAAACUACGCAACCCACAGAUAGUUGAAUCGAACCUAUGCGAACCAACCAACCGAGAACCGGAUUCCAUGAACGCCAUCGGGCAAACGCGUGGAGCAGUGUAAAGCAAAUAUAUUUACCAAAUAUAUACGGAUUACCAGUUACCUUACUAUUCGACGAAAGAAUUAAAUAAAAGAAGAUAA